CAGAAGGCAUGCAUGCUUUCAUGGCAAUGGGGUUCCUACACUCUCUUCCUUGUAGAUUGGUUCCUUCCUUACAAGCAAUCAUCCUUCUCGCCUGCAUGGCCACCUUAACAAACCAAUCCUCUCUUGUUCGCAUCCGACGAUCCUACUCAACCUCCACCGGAGAGGGUAUUGCUCUCCAAUCCUUCAAGUCCCUACUGUCAGAUCCUGGCGACGCCUUGUCCUCGUGGAGCAACCGGACUCUCCAUUACUGCGAUUGGUAUGGCGUGACUUGCGGCAGCCACCAGCACCCAGAAAGAGUGACGGCCUUGGAGCUGGACUCGCUGAACCUGACAGGUUCCAUAUCCCCCUCUUUAGCCAAUCUUACCUUCCUCAAGAGACUUCACCUUGCCGGCAAUUACCUAAAUGGAUCCAUCCCACCUGAGCUUGGCCGCCUGCCUCGCCUUCUGCAUCUCAACCUGAGCUACAAUGCCCUUGAAGGAGGGAUCCCGGCCUCCCUGUCCAAUUGCUCCAAACUCCAAAAUAUUAGUUUGGGCAACAACAAGCUAAGUGGGUGGCUCCCCUCCAGCCUCGCCCAGUGCUCGGACCUCCGCAGCAUCUCUCUCGAAGCUAACCUCCUCAUCGGAGAGAUUCCUGAUGAGCUCUUCUCUCUUCCAAAACUUUCUUCGCUAAAUCUUGGCACUAACGAAUUUUCUGGUCUCAUUCCACCUGGGAUGGGGAGGAGCCCUUCGCUCGCUACUGUUAUGCUAUCAAACAACAGUCUUACAGGAAUCAUUCCACCUUCUCUAGGGAACCUUUCCACCCUCACGUAUCUCCUUCUUAGUCAAAAUAGUCUCACAGGACCCAUACCACCUUCGCUUGGUAAUUGCUCCAAACUGAUCUCUCUUUAUCUAAGAACAAACAGAUUGGAGGGGGAAAUUCCGGAGAGUCUUGGCUACAUCACAAGCUUGAAAUAUUUUGACUUAUCAUACAACAAAUUAUCAGGCAUGGUUCCCUCUUCUCUGUACAAUCUCUCGUCCUUGGAGUUUUUGAGUUUGGCAUCAAAUCAUUUCAUCGGAAGGCUUCCACCCAGCAUGGGCCGCACCCUCCCUAGACUCCAAUAUCUUUGCGUGAUGGGGAACCAGCUGGAAGGACCUAUUCCACCCUCGCUAUCGAAUGCUUCGAACCUCCAACUACUUGAUCUUUCUCGUAACAAAUUUAGUGGACCCGUGCCUUCGAAUCUAGGACAGCUUCAGAAUCUAUCUCGCCUAACACUUGGGUACAACCGGCUCGAGGCAAGGAAUGCCGGUGAUUGGAGUUUUCUUGCUUCUCUAACCAACUGUACAAAUCUAAAAUUGUUGGAUCUCUCCAGCAAUGCUCUUGCAGGCAAUUUUCCCAGAUCUAUUGCAAACCUCUCCACGCAACUGGAAAAGCUAUUGUUGCCCAUGCUUCAAAUAUCAGGGCAGAUUCCUCGAGAGAUUGAGAAUCUCAAGGGAUUACAGGAACUCGAUCUGAGUUAUAACCUUCUCGGCGGCAACAUUCCUGGUACAAUAGGGAAGCUUCACAACUUGGUUCGAUUAACUUUGUUUGGGAACAAAUUUUCAGGGCCAAUACCAGCCUCGCUUGGCAACCUCGCUCAGCUUGAAGUACUCCAGUUGGGACGCAAUAAUUUGCAAGGAAACAUUCCAAAAAGCUUCAUAAAUUACAUGCAUCUAAAUGUGCUGGACCUUUCCCAAAACCAGCUCGGUGGCACCAUACCGAGUGAGGUUCUCAGCAUUUCUUCUCUUACAAAGGUCCUCGAUCUGUCCCAUAAUUCUCUGGCUGGGUCCGUACCAUCGGAUGUCCGCAAGUUGAAUCUUCUUAUUCUUCUUGAUAUUUCUGAAAACAAACUCUCUGGUGAAAUUCCUAGUGCUCUUGGUGAUUGUGUGACCUUGAAUGACCUUUUCAUGGAAGGAAACCUCUUUGAGGGGCGCAUUCCUUUGCAGUUGAGCAAUCUGAAAAGUAUCCAACGGCUUGAUCUUUCGCGCAACAAGCUGUCUGGCCGAAUCCCAGAAUUCUUCAGUGACAUUGGUACCCUCCAAUAUCUCAAUUUAUCUUUCAAUGAUUUUGAGGGUCCGGUACCAGUUAAAGGUCUCUUUACAAAUACGAGUGAAGUUUUUGUUCAAGGCAAUGAUAAGCUCUGUGGGGGUGAUCCAAGGUUGCUGCUUCCUUCGUGCUCGAAUGCAAGAAAAACAUUUGCUUCACUCAAAAAUAUACUCAUAAUUGUCAUGGUAGCUCUUAGUUUGAUUGUUCUGCUAGCCAUUCUCUGCUGGAAGAAAUACCCAAGAAAGAGACGCCCAUCUGAGUCUUCAUCAGGGGAUCAAUAUAAAUUGGUUUCUUACGCCGAACUGCACAAAGCAACUGAUGGGUUUUCUUCUGUCAAUCUGAUUGGGGUCGGGAGCUUUGGUUCUGUGUAUAAAGGAAUUCUAGAUGCCUACGACAAAGUUGUUGCAGUGAAGGUACUCAACCUCCAUGAAAGAGGAGCUUUGAAGAGUUAUCUAGCUGAAUGUGAAGCCUUGAGAAAUAUAAGGCACCGGAAUCUCAUCAAGAUCAUUACUACAUGUUCAAGCAUCGAUCGCAGUGGAAAUGAUUUCAAAGCUCUAGUCUUCGAGUUUGUGCCAAAUGGGAGUCUAGAAGAAUGGUUACAUCCCAAGGUAUCCGACAGUUGCGAGUCAAGGUAUUUAAGCCUUGCUCAAAGGUUGGACAUAGCCAUUGAUGUUGCCUUUGCUCUAGAGUAUCUUCAUCAUCACCAUGGCCCGACUCCGAUUGUUCAUUGCGAUGUGAAGCCGAGCAACGUUCUGAUUGACAACGAGAUGUGUGCUCACCUGGGUGACUUCGGAUUAGCAAGGUUUCUACGUGGAAACAACUCCGCCUCAACUCAAAACCCGAGUUACUCGAUCGCAUUAAAAGGAUCGAUAGGAUACAUAGCUCCAGAGUAUGGCACGGGCGCCAAGGUUUCUACGCAUGGAGAUGUGUACAGUUACGGGAUACUGCUGUUAGAGCUGCUGACAGGAAGGAGGCCUACUGAUGAUAUGUUUAAAGAUGGUUGGUCGCUUCGUAAUUUUGUUGAGAUGGGGUUCCCUGAGAGAGUAAUGGAGAUAAUGGACCCUAGUGUGCUCUCAAGCAUGGAAACUGGCAGUCUGAGUGAAAGCAUUGUUAGGGAGAGAAUGAUGGAAUGCUCGGUCUCCAUGGUUGAUAUUGGUCUCUUGUGUUCACAGGAAGCACCAAAUUUGCGGCUGGAUAUGCAAACUGUGGUCAACAAAAUGAGUGCAAUUAGAAAUGCAUUUGCAAUGUAAGGAUCUGAUGAAUAGUUUACUUGUCUGUCUGUCCAGGUGUGAGUUCAUGGUUCGAAUAAUGAGUUCUUUUUUCUAACAAGAAGUAAUGUGUUUCACUAGCCAAGUAUUACUA